AUGGAAUCAGCAAUAGUUAUUCCUCGAGAACCACCAAAGAAGAGGGCAAAGACUAGCAAAACUGCCCUGUCCAUUGUGCCUUACGAGGAUGGAGCACCAACAAGGAUGCUUUUUCCACCACCAAGCCAAAACUUAGAAACUACAACUAAGAAAAAGAGAGAACAUGACAAUACUGGAGGUUCAAAGAGAUCAAAAACUGGCUCCAUUAAGAAGGCCAAGACGAAAAACAAGGUUGCUGAAAACAUUCUGGUGCCACUUGACAGCCCAGCAAUGGGCACAAGGAGCAGAAAGUUUAACCCUCCUAGCCCUGCUAUGAGCACAAGAAGCAAAAGAAGGCUCAGCUUGUAAUUUCCAUAUGCUUCUAUGCCCUUCCAUUGAUGAUGUAAUGGUUAUUUUGGAGUUCCUGUGAUACUAUUUGUGAACUAUUUGUGACUUAUGUGUGAAUCUGGUUGCU